AUGGCUCCCCCGCCUCCGGCAGAUCUGCCGCUUCUCCAGCGGCUACAGAAGCUCGCCUUGACCCUGCAGUGUACGCACGCCGUCCUCCUCCUUUCCAUCAUCCGCUAUUCCUUCUCGUGGAUCACCUUCAACUACUACAGCGGCUGGGCCCAGUUUUGCUACCGUGUCGCCUUUCUGUCCGCCGCCUCCGCCUAUGGAAUAGUGGUCUACAAGACGUGGCGCGCCCGCCAAAAGACGGGGGCGAGGCAGCCUGCCGGCGUCAUCGGUUACCUCGCCGAUGAGAACGUUCAAUACUUGGUUCUGGCCCUUAUCUGGCUCUUCAUGCCCCAAUACCCGCUUGCCCUUCUCCCAUAUGGCAUCUACUCGAUCUUCCACGUCGCCACCUACAUCGCCGCCAGCCUUAUCCCCACCAUUAUUCCCCCGACCAAGAUCAACGCGCCCGCUGGUGCCUCGCCCGCCAACGGCGCUAAGCCCCAAUACACUCAGCACCCCGCCUCGGAGACCAUCAAGUCCUUCGUCAAGCAGUACUACGACGCCUCCAUGUCCGUAGUAUCCGGCCUCGAGAUCCUCCUCUGGAUCCGCCUACUUCUCGCCGCCGUAUUCUUCCAGCGCCGAUCAUGGAUCCUCCUCGCCGUCUACACCGCUUUCCUGCGCGCGCGCUUCGCCCAGAGCAGCCAUGUGCAGGGCUCGUUCGCCCAGCUCGAGGCGCGCAUCGACAACCUGAUCGGUGCCCAGGGUACCCCGCCGGCCGCGCGCCAGGUCUGGGACGGCGUGAAGAGCACGGCCCGCCAGUUCCACGGCGCGACCGACGUCAACCGGUACGCCAGCGGCGCAGCUGCGCCCAAGAAGACGCGCGCCGAGUUGACAAUGGCAUCAAUUCUCCGGCAGAUUGUGGCCGGGCCGCGCUCGAAACACCAGGAGACGGGGUUGGAUCUGUGUUAUGUGACUUCUAACGUUAUCGCGACAUCCGGACCCUCCCAAACCUACCCGCAACUAGCCUACCGCAACCCCCUCUCCCGUCUCGUCUCCUUCCUCGACGCCCAACACGGCAAAGGCUGGGCCAUCUGGGAGUUCCGCGCCGAAGGCACCGGAUACCCCGACGAUGCCGUGUACAACCGCAUCCGCCAUUUCCCCUGGCCCGACCAUCACCCGCCGCCGUUUGGGCUGGUGCCGAGGAUUGUGGGGGGGAUGAAGAGGUGGUUGGAGGGAGGGGUUUUGGAGGGGGUUGUUGAUGAUGAGCCUCAGGAUGGUGAUGGUAAGGGUGGAAAAGGGGAAGGGGAAGAGGGAAAGGGGGAGGAGAAGAAAAAGAGGGUGGUGGUGGUGCAUUGUAAAGCGGGGAAGGGCCGGUCGGGGACAAUGGCGUGUAGCUAUUUGAUUGCGGAGUGUGGGUGGAAGCCGGAGGAUGCGCUGGCGCGGUUUACGGAGCGUCGGAUGAGGCCUGGGUUUGGCGCGGGGGUGUCGAUCCCCAGUCAGCUGCGGUGGAUAAGCUAUGUUGAUCGGUGGGCGAAGGGUGGGAAGAAAUAUGUCGACCGGCCGAUUGAGAUUGUGGAGAUUCAUGUGUGGGGGUUGAGGAAUGGGGUGAAGAUGGCGGUGGAAGGGUUUGCGGAGGAAGGGAAGAAGAUUCGGGUGAUGCAUACGUUUAAGGGGGAGGAGAGGAUUGUCGUACAGCCGGGUGCGCCGGGUGGAGGGGGGGUGUUGGAUUUUGUGCAGGAUAUGGCUGGGUACGGGGCGGGUGAGGUAGCUGGUUCGGCUGGGGAGGUCGCUGAGGAUGCGGAUUAUGAGGAGAUUAAAAAGGGGGGAGAUGAUGAGCAAGCCCAGGGUGAGAGUGAGAGCGACGGCAAGGUCAAAUUCGGAGAGACACCGGCGAGGAGCUCAUCGAAAAAGCUCAAGGGAUCUCGCACCACCAAUCUCAUACGGAAGCUAUCGACGAAAAAGCCCAGCUCCCCCAAGAAGCUUGAAGGCCUCGGCAAACUGGGUAGCAAGAGCAAAACCAUCGCUCUGCCCGACCCGUCCAAGGCACCCUCCAGCGACACCUCCGUCCCAGAAACAACCACCACCACCGAGCCCAACUCCCUCUCAACAACCAACCUCCAGCAGACCAGCAACACCUUCCUCUCCGACCCGUCCGAACCCGGCGGCCAAGCCGUCAUCUUCAAACCGACCACGCCCAUCGCCAUCCCCAACAGCGACGUCAACAUCUCAGUCGAGCGCCGCAACAAAGCCAGCAUGGGCCUGACCAUGGUCACCGCCGUAGCGCACGUGUGGUUCAACACCUUCUUUGAAGGCCGCGGGCCGGAGCAGGACGGUAAAGCCGACACCAGCGGGGUGUUUGAGAUUGACUGGGACAAGAUGGAUGGGAUCAAGGGGUCUAGUCGGCGCGGGGCGCGUGCGUUGGACAGGCUGUCGGUUGUCUGGCGCGUGGCGGGCACGGGUGAGGCGGUCGCGGGCGCGGAGGUUGGGGAAGGGGCCGCUGGAGAGCCUGUGUUGGUUAAGAUACCCUCGGGUGUGGUGAUCAAUGAACCUGGUGUGGAUAGUCCGGUGCCGCAGAUGAAGGCGGCGAACUGGAAGGGGGAUAAUCAUGAGGAUCCGGCUGCGGAUAAGCAUUUGGGACUACGGGUGGAGGAUCCGGAGAGCAGGAGUGUGAGCAAGGCGAGUAGUCUGAAGAGUCAGGAGGUGGGGAAGGGGGAGGAGGAGGCGGGAGAUGGUGGAGGGAAGAAAGAUGUUGAGGUGACGUCCAUGGAGGGAGUCAAAGUCAGUGGUCCGAUGGGGGAGGAUGUAUUGGAUGAGGCGCCGGGUAAGGAGGAUAAGGGGAAGAAGGAUGAUGCUAUUUUGUAG